UUUAUCCGAACUCCGAAGAGGAAAAUAGCGGUACUGCGCUUUAUACGCUGGUUGCCAACCGCCUUUAAAACCCAAGAAGAAGAAGAAGCGGCAGCGGCUGUGUGCCAUAACGAACACACAACACUGUGGAGGUAAACAUGGCGACUGUCGGACCUCUAGGAAGAAUUGCCAGACUGGGCUCCAGCAUCUGCAGGAACCAUCGUUUCAUUUUUAACAGAAGUUCACAAAGACGAGGAAUAGCUUCUUGCCUUGACCCUGCUCAUGGACUCACAGAUGAACAGAAGGAGUUUCAAAAAGUCGCCUUUGAUUUUGCGGCCAAUGAAAUGGCUCCACACAUGGCAGAGUGGGAUGAAAAGGAAAUCUUUCCAGUAGAGACGUUGCGGAAGGCAGCCCAGUUGGGGUUCGGUGGGAUCUACGUUCAGCCGGAAGUCGGAGGAUCGGGUCUUUCUCGGCUGGACACAUCAGUUAUCUUUGAGGCCUUGUCCACAGGAUGUGUCAGCACCACAGCUUACAUCAGUAUCCACAACAUGUGUGCCUGGAUGAUAGACACCUUUGGCAAUAAUGAGCAGAGGGAAAAGUUCUGUCCCGAUCUCUGUUCGAUGGAAAAGUUUGCUUCCUAUUGUCUCACUGAACCAGGCAGCGGCAGUGAUGCUGCUUCACUUCUGACCACUGCUCAGCUGAGCGGUGACCAUUACAUCUUGAAUGGUUCAAAGGCCUUCAUCAGUGGCGGAGGAGACACGGACGUCUAUGUUGUGAUGUGCAGAACAGGAAGUAAAGGAGCAAAAGGCAUCUCUUGUUUGGUGGUAGAGAAAGGAACCCCAGGCCUCAGCUUUGGCAAAAAAGAGAAAAAGGUGGGUUGGAACUCCCAGCCGACCAGGGCGGUGAUAUUGGAGGAUUGUGUCGUUCCAGUGACCAACCGGCUUGGUGAAGAAGGACAAGGAUUCAACAUGGCCAUGAAAGGCCUGAAUGGAGGCAGAAUUAAUAUUGCAUCCUGUUCUCUUGGGGCGGCACAUGCCUCUGUACUGCUAGCGAGGGAUCAUCUGUUAGUACGCAAGCAGUUUGGGGAGACACUCUCCAACAACCAGUUUCUUCAGUUCAAACUGGCAGAAAUGGCCACCAAGUUGGUUGCAUCUCGCCUUCUGGUGCGUGAAGCUGCGACAGCGCUGCAGGAGAACCGGCCUGAUGCCGUUUCCCUCUGCUCCAUGGCCAAACUCUUUGCUACAGAUGAGUGCUUUAAUAUCUGCAACCAGGCUCUGCAGAUGCACGGUGGGUACGGUUACCUCAAAGACUACGCGGUGCAGCAGUAUGUCCGAGACAUCAGAGUACAUCAGAUCCUAGAGGGCACAAAUGAGGUGAUGAGGAUGAUCAUUUCCCGGAGUCUGCUGACAGAGUCAUGAUGAAUCUUCUCCCCUGGACCUUCAGUAGUGAUCGUACUGUUAUGGUCCUCAUCUCUGGUGUGUUGCUGUGGGACUGCUUUCCUGAAAUGUCCUCCACAUGGGUUUGGGGUAAACCAGUCAGUAAAACGUAUGUUUUUCUCGGACAAUAUUAGUUAUUUUGUUUGAAUUUGUAGCUAAACUAAUUGUAUUGUAAAAGAUACAAAUACAUGUGGGUUGUGUAUUGGUUCUGCUUUGAUGUCACAUUGCAAAUGAUGUCUCCUGAUUACACUCCAAAAUAAAAGAAUCUCAGCUUUCAUAAAAGGAAUCAAACCCUUUAUUGGCACCCUAAUACCCACUUAACUGGAAA